AUGGGAGUUGAGUUAUCACAUGUUCAUGUACAUUGUCCCAUGUCUCAAAUUUUUAGACAACCUUACACCAAUGAUGAACAUGUUGUUUUUCCUAUUGAGCAACCUUAUGCCCACAUGAAUGAAGGAAAUUUAGCUACAGCUCAAGUAAGCCAUUUUGAUUGCGGAGGAAUAGCAAUUGGUGGAUGCUUAUCACACAAGAUCGGAGAUGGUUGCACCACAAGCAAUUUCUUCAAAAAUUGGGGAAUUUUGACUCGUGAUAUUAAUGCAACUCUAUCUCUUCACUUUGUUGGAGAUUCCAUUUACCCACAAUCUAUUGAUCCUUCUGUAGUAUCAACUAUCAAGUCUGAAGAAUCAACAUAUUUAGGAAAAAGGUUCAUGUUCCCCGUUGAUAAACUAAAUGCACUAAAAGUCAAAAUCGCGCAUGAAUCAAAAGUACAAGAUCCUACCCAUAUUGAAGUUGUGAGCGCACUUCUUUACAAAUGUGCUUUAGUUACUAGAAGAGUUAAUGGUUCCAAUUCGUUUAAACCAUCUUCCUUGUAUCAACUAGCAAACAUGCGCGAAAGGUUCAACCCACCUUUGUCACACGAUGCAUGUGGAAAUAUUUCAUCUGGCUAUUUCGUGGAAAUAAAUAACGAAAGAGAGGUAAAUUGUUCAACAUUGGUAGGUGAAAUGAGGAAGGGGAAAUCAAAUCUUCAUGCUAAGAAAAAUGUGAUUAUCUUAGAAGUAGUUGAAUCAAUUGAAAAAGGAAAAACACCAUUUCAUAGAAACGGAAUUGAUAAUUAUUUUUGUUGUAGUUUGAUUGAUUUCCCACUUUAUAAAGUGGACUUUGGUUGGGGAAGGCCCAUUAGAGUGAGUAUGGGAACUGGGCCUUUCAACAACUGGUUUUAUUUAUUGGGAAAUUUUUCAAAAUGUCAAUAUUUUGACAUUUAA